GGAACCGCCCGAUGCGGUUCAAGAUCCCCGAUCCGUGCGUGGGUUCAUCCCGUCUUUAACAGCAAAACGCCCGGCCCAGGUCCUCGGAUCCGUUGCGGGCGUUGUUUUACACUUGCGAAGUUGGAGUAACACGUUGGUAUCGCAGCAGCGAACGCCUAAUCGACCAUUGACCAUCCUUUUUACGGUCAAGAUAAUAACUAAUACCCGAUUCCAUCCCCCCUAUUCGCUCUUUCUCCGUCAGCGACAAAAUGGCAGCCGCCGAACUAUGGAGACACGAAAACCCACGGGCGACCCAGAUGUGGAAGUUCCUCCAGCAUGUGAACGCCAAAUACGACUUGGAACUCAGGGACUACCCGGAGCUGUACAAGUGGUCUGUCGAUCAUAUCGCCGACUUCUGGGGUGAGGUCUGGCAUUUCACCGGCAUCAAGGCCUCCAAGCCGUUUGACCGGGUCCUGCCUCCUGAAGCACCCAUGUUUCCCCGACCCGACUUCUUUGCCGGUGCCCGUCUCAACUUUGCAGAGAACUUGCUCUUCCCCGCCAAUGCCGAGGUCGAUGAGUCGAGCACGGCGGUCAUCACGGCCACCGAGGAUGAAAGCCAGCUCACCGAGACGACCUGGGCCGGGCUCAGGGACCAGGUCCGCCUCUGCUCCAACGCGCUGCGUGCGGCCGGCGUUGGGGAGAACAGCGUUGUUGCUGGCUUUGUUGCCAACCACGUGCAGGCCCUGGUCGCUCUGCUGAGUGCCGCCGCCGUCGGAGCCAUGUGGACGGGCAUCAGCCCAGACAACGGCGUCAGCGCUGUGCUCGACCGCCUGGUGCAGAUCAGGCCGCAGGUGCUCUUCGCCGACAACGCAACGCUGUACAACGGCAAGGCGUGGCCCGGCAAUGCCAAGACGCUGGAGGUGAUUGACGAGCUGAAAAAGCACGGUCUGGAACAGGUCGUCAUCAUCAGAGGUCUGAAGGAUGUCGAGACUGGGCUGGACGAGAUGCGCGCAACGGGGGUCAAGGCGGAGGAGUACGAGGCGUUUUUGAAAUGUGGAUCACCAGACUCGCCGCUGACCUUCGCCCAACUCCCGCCCUCUCACCCGCUGUACGUCUUGUACUCGAGCGGCACCACGGGGCUCCCCAAAGCGAUCGUCCACACCGCGGCGGGCACGCUGCUGCAGCACAAGAAGGAGCACUUUUUGCACUGCUCGCUCUCGGCGGCCUCCCGCUCGCGCAUGCUCUACUACACCACCACCAGCUGGAUGAUGCACCACUGGAGCGUGUCCGCCCUGUCCUGCGGCGCCUCGCUGGUUCUCUACUCGGGCUCGCCGUUCCAACCGCACGGCUACGCCUCCCUCCCUCGGCUGCUUUCCGCCCUCCGCGUCACCCACUUCGGCACCUCGGCCGCCUACCUCACCACGCUCGAGGCCAACAACGUCCGCCCCGUGGCCGACCCGUCCCUGGACCUCUCCGCGCUCGAGGCCAUCUACUCCACCGCAUCGCCCCUCCCACCCUCGACUUUCUCCUUCGUCUACGACGCCUUCCCCGCCAGGAUCAACCUCGCCUCCAUCACGGGCGGCACCGACAUCAUCUCCCUGUUCGGCGCCCCCUGCCCGCUCCUGCCCGUCCGCGCAGGCGAGGUGCAGUGCGCCGGGCUGGGCAUGGCCAUUGCAGUCGUAGACUCGGCGUCAGACCCCUCCAACCCACAGCCCGUCUCUCCGCCCGACAGCCCCGGCGACCUGGUGUGCACCAAGCCUUUCCCCAGCCAGCCGCUGGCCUUCUUUGGGGAAGGCGGACAGGACAAGUACCGCGCCGCCUACUUUGAGCGCUUCCCCGGCCUCUGGCACCACGGCGACUUUGUGCGCAUGUGCGAACCCCGCGGCAACACCGGCGCCGGAGGAGGCGGGCUCGUCAUGCUGGGCCGCAGCGACGGCGUGCUGAAGCCCGCGGGCGUGCGAUUCGGCAGCGCCGAGAUCUACAACGUGCUGACGCGCUUCUUUGCUGCCGACGUGGCCGACGCGGUGUGUGUGGGGAGGAGGCGGGAGUUGGACCGCGACGAGACCGUCUGUCUGUUUGUGGUCAUGGUGGAGGGAAAGGUGUUUGAUGACGCGUUGAGGAAGGGCAUCGCCGAGACCAUUCGGCGUGAGCUAAGUCCCAGGCAUGUGCCGGGCGUGAUCGAGGAGGCGAAGGGGGGCGUGCCCAAGACGGGCAAUGGCAAGAAGAUCGAAGUCGCUGUCAAGCAGAUCCUCUCCGGGAUGCAGGUCAAGACGAACGCCAGCGUCGCCAACCCGGAGGCACUGGAUUGGUUCAGAGAGUGGGCAGCAAGGGCUAAUGAGGCAGUCCUGAACUAGCAGCCCGGUAGGUAAGAGAUAAUGGAGGCUGUAGACGCACGAAGGAAGGGCCUAGACAUGCCUUAAUGAACAUACCCUAACGAACUGACUCACAUUGGGAUAAACCUGGAAGUUAGAGAAAUACUAGUACACUUGUUUGCUACUCAUUCGCGCAGCCAGAUACAGGGGCAAUAGAGCAGCAUCUCAACCAUUGAGUAUUUAAGAAGACAG